UCUCUCUCAGAGUGCACGGCUUCACUGCUCUGCACAUUAACCUGCGAUCACUGACAAUGGAUAGGAUGGCAUCGCGCUAUAAAGCUUAAUCCCGCUUUCUGAUGGAUUGUCUGCAUACACCUGUCUGAUUUUGGAGCCAGAAGUAGGCUAUGCAAUUGUGUUGGCAGCUGAAGUGAUUUGCAACAGGCUGUGCCUGCUUGCAUACUUGCAGUAUUUCUUUUUCUUUAUUUCGGUGCUCUGUGAGCCUCACAAUGUAUAAGUUAUGCAUUACUAUCGUCUUGUGCUGUGCGUUUUUUCCAUGGUGCUCUGCAGCGCCAAAGACCUUGGGUGCAGAUCCCAGGUCAGAUUUUGAGGCAGAGAAUAAUGAAAGGCUUCAGGACGAGAUAGCUGGCCAGGAGAGCAUCCUCUCUAAGCUGCUGGGUGAUUAUGACAAAGUGAAAGCCCUCUCGGAAGGCUCUGACUGUCGGUGUAAAUGUGUUGUCAGACCCCUGAGCAGGAGCGCCUGCCGGCGGAUAGAAGAAGGGAGCGCCACCGAGCAGGACUUCUACACAGUGGAGACUAUCACAUCUGGACCAGAGUGCAAGUGUGCCUGCAUCGCUCCUCCGUCAGCAGUCAAUCCGUGCGAGGGGGAGUUCAGGCUGAAAAAACUUAGAGAGGCUGGGAAAGAGAAUGUCAAGCUUUCCACUAUCCUGGAGCUGCUGGAGGGCUCUUUCUAUGGGAUGGAUCUACUCAAGUUGCACUCCAUUACCAAUAAGCUAGUGGAUCGCAUGGACCACAUGGAAAAGGCAGUGUCUCUGAACCACAAUGUGGAUGAGGUGAAGCCCCAGGAAAGUCCUUCAAUCCAGGCAAAAGCAACUGAAAGCCUUCCAACUGUUCCCUCACGACAACAUCAGGACAAGAGAAGACUCAGUGAGGAAAAGCAUGAGGAGCAGUUUAUUGGGGAAAAUCCGUCGUUCUUACAGACAGACGGUUCUACUCAGAUCAUUGAGGUCAAACCUCUGGUAACCUCGAAACCCCCGGAUAACAAGGAGGCUGCUCAGGUGUUGAAGACUGGCCCCAACGGUAUGAUCAUCAGAGGAAUGACUUUUUAUAAAUCCGAGCCAGAUCCGAUGGUGGCGGAUGACGGGGAUCCCGGAGAGAACUUGUUUGAGUAUCAUGGAUUCAGUGGUGAUGGCCCCAUUAACCUGUUCAUUGAGGAGAAUCUUCUUGAACACAGACCCCAGCGCCCAAGGACCAGAGCAGGACCACGAUCAUCUCGACCACAGACAACAGGUCCUUUGCAGGGUUCCUUAGAAACAAACCAAUCUACAAAACCGAUAGGAACUGAGCCCAGCUCAAACAUUAAUGAGUUCACCAGCGGCAUUGGAACCACAACCAGAACCAUCACGUUUGGACCAACAACUACCACACAAACAACAAAGACUGCAGACACUGCACCUCAAACUACUCAAAGAGACACUCAGCGAACAAUCCCUCUGAUGACUGAACCUGGCACCAGUUCUUUCAGCACCACUGCCAAGGAAACAACCAAAACUACCAUGAACACAACCCAGCGGGCUGAAAUUACAACCUCAUGGGAAACCCUAACUGCAUCCACAACAAGAAACACACUAACCACAAUGGUGGGAACUUCUACCCAGGAGGCGAUAGACCAAAAUCGGACUUUACCUGGUAGCACUGCAGCUCACACAAACACACCAAACCCCACCACAGAGGCUUCAACUACCAGUCCCACGUCCGCUAUGACCAUUACAACUCAUGCUGCCCCAACUGUAGCAGCAACACACCCCACACUAGCUUUAACACCGGCUAUUACCACACAGGCUGCUAGCACAACACCAGAAGAAGAAACUCAAUCCUUUUACUUUCCAGCCAUGACUUUGCCUCCUACUACCACCCAGAGAGUUACGACUUUGCCUCCCCACACUACUCUGGCUGCCACCACACCUGGGACUACCUCUUCUCCAACCACCACCACCACCACCACAACAACAACCACCACCACUACUACCACUACAAAGCAGGCUGAUCCAGUCAAACAGAAAUACAAAAUCAGCUGGGAAGAGGAAGAGGGGGAGCAGGGAAACAGGGAAUCAGAAGAGCCGAUGCAAAGGCAGGAGGAAUCUCGCCCCAAAAAACCUGGGGAGUGUAAGGACACUUUGGCAACCAUCUCAGAGCCGGUAACUCACAACACUUAUGGGAGGAAUGAAGGAGCGUGGAUGAAGGAUCCAAAGUCGGAUAAUGACAAAAUAUAUGUCACUAACUUCUACUACGGGAACAAUCUCCUGGAGUUCCGCAACCUGGAUGUUUUCAAACAGGGCCGUUUUACCAACUCAUACAAGCUACCUUACAACUGGAUCGGCACAGGCCAUGUUGUCUACGACGGGGCUUUCUUCUACAACCGCGCCCUUUCCCGAGACAUCAUCAAGUUUGACCUGCGUCUGCGUUACGUGGCCGCCUGGACGAUGCUGCACGAUGCUCUGGUGGAAGAUACGUCGUCGCUGGGGGAGUGGCGCGAUCACUCAGAAGUCGACUUUGCCGUGGACGAUAGUGGGCUGUGGAUCAUCUACCCGGCCCUGGACGAUGAGAGCUUCUUACAGGAAGUGAUCGUUCUGAGUCGGCUGACCUCGGACCUCACCAUGCAGAGGGAGACCACCUGGAGAACCGGGCUCAGGAGAAACCACUACGGCAACUGCUUCAUCGUGUGCGGCGUCCUGUACGCUGUUGACAGCUACAACAUAAAGGACGCCAGGCUGGAAUACGCCUUCGACACGCACACAAACACUCAGAUGACUCCCAGGAUGCCCUUCACCAACAACUACACCUACACCACGCAGAUUGACUACAAUCCCAAAGAGGGGGUUUUGUAUGCGUGGGACAACGGACACCAAGUCACGUAUAACAUCAAGUUCGCCUUUGUAGACCCUUAAUACGGAGUCAACGGUAGUUAUAUUAAAAAGCUUAUUCUAUGGUUCGAGUGGAUUGUAGAUCAGUCCAAAUGGUCCUCAGUACGGAGACAAAUGGGGGUCAAUGUACAAAUAUACUUAAGUGUAUUUUUCCAAAAUGGUUUUGUUCCUAUUAAGACAUUUUACAUUUCUUACCUGAAGUCUGGUUCCUCAGUCAAUGCAUCAAGUUGUGUUGUUUAUAUCGCAAUUCUGUAAAAAAGCCCAGCGAGAUACAUUUCUGUAGAAAGGAUUCAGAACCAGUUUGUAUCACUCAUUAAAAAAAUAACAAUUCCCCUUUUCAA